AUGAGUAACACACCAGGCAAGACGGUUCUCACCACUCGAGCGCCUAUGCCGGCUUUUGGUACGUUUGGCGCCCACCAGGGAUCUGCUUCACUACUUCUGGAACGAUCGAAUCCGGACCUGCGUAGAUCGACUCCGGACUCGGAGGCUUUGGCAUCAUCUGACGACGAACCAGAUCACACAAAGGCGGUAGCUACCAGCAACGUCAGACCAGGCAAAGUGGGACGGCGGACGUCUUGGCUCACCGACGUCUCCGCGUCCAAUGUGAACCGUAAGCCAUCAAUCACUGGUCCGUAUAGCCCUUCUACCUCGCAUCCUGGUACUCCUGGUGCAGAAAACUCUCCUUGGUCUAACACCAACACUUCUGGUUCUGCAGCAUGGCCUAAUCCGGCAACAUCCUAUCCGUGGAACACGAUCUGGAACCAGGACGGCCGCAAGGACCCGCCAACUAGGCUUCAAGAGGUAGUUUCUGUCAAUGGCGAGACUGGGAUCCCGUUUUCCAUUCCCCUGGAGCCCAACUUCAAGCCACACCGCUCCCUAUCGUACUCUGUGGGACAAAUCGAUACCAGCAAUGCUCCGCCUCCUAACCCGAUCUCGACGUCUGUCGAAGCCACACGUAACAGACUGGGAAGUCAAUAUCCUGGGAUCCAGAGACGUACCUCAAGACCUGGUGGGCUGGGUGGUAUUGAAUCAAGUGGACUCGGCCGUGUGCGCGAGGUAGAAGAUGAUGAGGAAUACCAGCGAGCCGAUGCCAUGCGCAACGCUCUCGCCCUUGGCCAGGCCCACAUGGUGCAGAGGUUGGUACAAGAGAACCACCAACUUCGUGAAGAAAUUAAGAAUCGCGAUAGGGCUCUCCCGAGCAUCGCUCCGACCGUUCCUGCCCAUCCACCUGGGUUUCACAACACGCGUCUUCGAAGCGCAGUACCCGAGGAAUCUGAGACGGCGGUGGAUGACAGAGACGAUGUAACAGCCCAUGGUGGGUUUCCACGCCGAGACAAUAACCCUCGCCGUAUGAGUGAACAGACUCUAUCGAACGCCGCCGACAGACAGUCACUGUCACCUACCGAGAACCGUGCUUUCGACAGCAUGAAGAAGGCACACUGGCAGACGUCCCUUGGGUUUGGCCCUAUCCAGGAAGCUCCGCAAAGCCGCCGCCAUUCUUUUGCUGAUGUCCCCACCCGCCACGGGUCCUUCAGCUCAACCGGUCGCGACGAAGAAGUGACAGCGUAUGAGAGUGGUUCCCAGGCACUAUCCCAAGGAGACGAUCGUAAGUUGGCCCGGGCCCUGGCACUGAUGUUACCCAAGGAGGAUGAUAUGAAGAUUAUGUACUUACGUCUUCGUCGCUAUGCAGCCGAGUAUUUCAAUACCAACGAAUCGACCCGACGUCGCGCCGAUGACAGAGUCCACCAGCAACAUCGUGAACCCCAGCUCUACGGCCAACACUUCGGCGUCGGUCCAUACCUCGAGCCUGCCGCCCAGCCGCUCUUCAUUGUCAACUUCAAAUGUUGCCGCUCUGAAGUGUUCUACAUCCAAGAAGGAACAGGCCUACAUGUUAACGUCGGCGAUCUAGUCAUUGUCGAAGCCGACAGAGGCACCGACCUGGGUACAGUCCAGCAUACUAAUGUCACGUGGGAGGAUGCUCGGCGCUACAAGGAUCACUAUGCGGAAGAACAUUACAAAUGGUUAAUGAUGUUUUCUUUGCAGAGCCGUAAUGGAGGCCCUAAUGUCGUCAACCCAAAUGGCGUCCCUGGCAGUCGUGGCAGCGCCGUUGGGGGCAUGGGACCUCAAGGCCACCACGGUGCCCACGACUCAUCCGGCCCCGACUUGAAGCCUAAGAUGAUCAAACGACUGGCCCAGAAUCACGAGAUUCAGGCAUUGAAAGAUAAAGAAGGCAAUGAAGCAAAAGCCAAGCGAGUCUGCCAGCAGAAGGUCCUUGAGCAUCGGUUGAAUAUGGAGAUACUCGACGCAGAAUUCCAAAUGGACAGCAAGAAGCUUACAUUCUACUACUUCGCUGACAACUACAUCAACUUCAAUCAUCUUGUCACAGAUCUCUUCAAGAUUUACAAGACUCGUAUCUGGAUGUCGGCCAUAAAUCCUGCCUCAUUCCAAACCCCUACCGCUUCUCUCGGUAUUCAGCCCCUCUACACCAGUGCUCCCGGUGAUGAGCGUCAUCAGAGGCGACAGCAGCAGAGACCCCAGACGCAUCUAGGCUCACAGGCAGUCACGACCCCAUUUGGAGAUACGUUCGACGCCGACCGAAAGUACAACAAUAACCAGAACACGGGGAUGCGCAAUGCUUUCUACAAUCAAUUCCAGGACGUUGGGGCCGGCUCUCAACAACUGCAACCUCCUGUUCCGACCUUUGCUCCGAGCAUGCCAACCCAGAUGGAUCCUUUCAUGUCCUACUAUGCUCAGCCAUAUCCAACACUGAAUCCCAAUGCUCCAAAUUUUGCCAGUAAUCGACCCGACUACAGAGGACGAGCUCCUAACCAAGUCAACGAUCCCAAUUGGAUGGGUCGCUUCCAGGGUCUUUCACUCGGCUCUUGA